GCGAGCAGUGUAGUUUAGACAGGCGGACUGGCAGCUGUGAGACCGCUUAGGCCAAAUAUAUGGAAGAAAAAAAACUUUUGUAAGUGCUGACUGACAAGCUAUCACUGUUUGUUUUCUAAGAAGGGAAUGAAUCUCCUCUCACUUGAAGUUGUUUGCACCAGAACCGGUUUUGAGGAGGCGGUGAGGCGCGGCGGCGGAUGGGAACAUACAGCAGCAGCAGCAGCAGCGCCAAACUCACAAUGCGCCCGGAGUGAACAGAGGCAGCGAGACAAUACAGGUCCGCGGGCACACUGAGGAGCUGCAAUCUCUCAUCUGGGCUCUCUUUUUCUUCUCUAAACCUGUUCCAGAGUGGCGUUUCCCUCCGUCUACGGCUUAUUCUUUGACUGAUUGAGGCUAAAUUGACUUCGCUGCGAGGGCAAGUGGUUUGAUCUCCAAACUCAGCCAUGACGUCUCCGGCGAAAUUCCGAAAGGACAAGGAGAUAGUGGCCGAAUAUGAGACUCAAGUUAAAGAGAUCCGUGCCCAGCUGGUGGAGCAGCUCAAGUGUCUGGACCAGCAGUAUGAGCUAAGGGUGCAGCUGCUGCAGGACCUGCAGGACUUCUUUAGAAAGAAGGCGGAGAUCGAGGUGGACUACAGCCGCAACCUGGAGAAGCUGGCCGAGAGGUUCCUCACCAAGACCCGCAGCACCAAGGACCAUCUACUCAAGAAGGAGCACAGCAUUUUAUCCCCGGUGAACUGCUGGAACCUGCUGCUGCUUCAGGUGAAGAGGGAGAGCCGUGACCACGCCACACUGUCCGACCUCUACCUCAACAAUAUCAUCCCCCGCUUCGCGCAGAUCAGCGAGGACUCAGGACGCCUCUUCAAGAAGAGCAAAGAGAUCGGCAUACAGCUGCAAGAGGACCUGAUGAAAGUUCUUAAUGAGCUGUACACGGUGAUGAAGACGUACCACAUGUACAACACCGACAGCAUCAAUGCCGAGUCCAAGCUGAAGGAGGCGGAGAAGCAGGAGGAGAAGCAGAUGGGACGCUCCGGUCGACAAGACGACCGGCAGACGCCACGCUCCCCCGACACCUUGGCCAGCAUCAAGACUGAUGAGAAGCCUGUCCGACGCUCCAGUGUCAAGAAAAUUGAGAAGAUGAAGGAGAAGAGACAAGCCAAGUACACAGAGAACAAGCUGAAGGCCAUCAAGGCCAGGAAUGAGUACCUGCUAGCUCUCGAGGCUACCAACAGCUGUGUCUUCAAAUAUUACAUCCACGACCUCUCCGACAUCAUUGACUGCUGUGACCUUGGCUACCACGCUAGCCUGCACCGUGCCCUGAGGACCUACCUAUCUGCAGAACAGAACGUAGAGACGUCCAAACACUCCGGCCUGGAGACACUGGAGGGAGCUGCAGAGAGCCUGGAGGCCAACGGGGACAAACAAAAACUGAUGGAGACCUACAACAACGUCUUCUGUCCCCCAGCUCGCUUUGACUUCCAGUCCCACAUGGGAGACACGAUGGGAGUGGUGUGCGCACAGCAGCCGCUGGAAGGCGACCUGCUCCAGAGGUGUCAGCAGCUGCAAUCCCGCCUCUCCACACUCAAGAUCGAGAAUGAAGAGGUGAAGAAAACCAUGGAGGCCACCCUAUCCACCAUCCAAGACAUGGUGACAGUGGAGGACUACGACGUGUCUGAGUGCUUCCACCACAGCAACAGCAUGGAGUCGGUCAAGUCCACUUUCAGCGAGUCCUAUCUCAGCAAGCCCAGCCUCGCCAAACGACGGGCCAAUCAGCAGGAGACGGAGCAGUUUUACUUCACGAAGCUGAAGGAGUUCCUGGAAGGCAGGAACCUGAUCACCAAGCUGGAGGCCAAGCAUGACCUCAUCGACAAGACCCUGGGAGAGAGUCAGAAGACUGACUGUUGCCUUGCCAGUGGACGGAGAAACUCGGCGGUACGGAAGCAGGAGUCUGGUGAGGCCAUUCCUCUGAUGGUCGAGAGCUGCAUCCGCUUCAUCAGUCGCCAUGGUCUGCAGCAUGAGGGCAUCUUCAGAGUGUCAGGCUCUCAGGUGGAGGUCAAUGACAUCAAGAAUGCUUUUGAGAGAGGUGAGGACCCGCUGGCAGGGGACGAGAAUGACCACGACAUGGAUUCCAUCGCUGGCGUCCUAAAGCUCUAUUUUAGAGGACUGGACCACGCCCUCUUCCCGAAGGAAGUCUUCCAUGACCUCAUAUCCUGCGUCUCGAUGGAGAGCCUUCAAGAGCGGGCAGUCCACAUUAAAAAAGUUCUGCAGUCUCUGCCGAACAAAACCCUCAUCAUUAUGAGAUAUCUGUUCGCCCCCCUCAACCACCUGUCCCAGUACAGCGAGGAGAACAUGAUGGACCCUUACAACCUGGCCAUCUGCUUCGGCCCCACCCUGAUGUCUGUCCCCGAGGGCCACGAUCAAGUCUCCUGCCAGGCUCACGUCAAUGAGCUCAUUAAAACCAUCAUCAUCCACCAUGACACCAUCUUCCCUGGACCUCAGGACCUGCCAGGCCCCAUCUACACCAUCCCUGGAGCUGGAGAUGACUUCUGUGACAGUCCACACUGUGAGCCCCCCCUAGUGGAGGAGCCUGCGCCUGACACCGUCUCCGUCAUCAACAACAGUGAAGAUGGCUCCUUGGCUGUUUCAGAGUCCGACCCAUUCGAAGCCAUCGCUCGGUUCGACUACUCCGGCCGCACUAGUCGGGAGCUGUCGUUCAAGAAGGGCGCGUCUCUGCUUCUGUACCAGCGAGCCUCUGAUGACUGGUGGGAGGGACGACAUAACGGAGUGGAUGGACUGGUGCCACACCAGUACAUCGUGGUCCAAGACACGUCUGAUGGGGGCAGGGCAAGUCCAAAGCCUGAUGUGGACAGCAGGGACCUGCUGGAGGAGAGAGUGUCUACUCGAGGCAGCGCUGCCUCUCCUACUGGAGCUCAUGUGGCAGACAUCUACCUUGCCAACCUGAACAAGCUGAGGAAACGUCCAGAGUCCGGGAGCAUCAGAAGAACGUUCAGGAGCUCAGAGAGCGACAGCACGAGUCCAGGAGCCAGUGGGGGAGGAGGUGGGGGAGGAGUAGGAGGAGGGGUGAGAACAGCUUCUCUUCCUGUUGGUGGAGCACUGGUGAAAGAAACUGGAGACAAACGACCCGUCAGCGCUCACAGCAUCCUCAACUCAGUCACCCGCCACUCCUCUCUCAAGACCAAGGUGGAGAGUCCACAGUUACGCAAGACAACCACAGCAGGGCGCUCUAAGAGCUUCAGCAACCACAGACCACUGGACCCUGAGGUCAUCGGCCAGGUGGAGCACAGCUCGCAGGACAUUGAGGCUGCGAUGAGUGAGCUCAGUAAGUUGGAGAGACAGGGCACUUCCAAACAUACACACACCCCGGACGUGGUUCUGGACACACUGGAGCAGCUGAAAGGCGUGAGCGGCGGCGGCGGCGGAGGAGGAGCCUCGGAGCCCUCCAGUCCACUCCACUCCCGUCUGUUACGGGACAACGAGGGCGGCUCCUCACACGCCCACCCACUUCAGCGCAGCGCCUCCUCCGCCAGCGACGUGCCCUCCUCCUUCCGCCCGGCCAAGACCCAGCCGCGGAGCCCUCUGCCCUCCGCCACGUCCCCCUCUCUCUCCUCUUCCUCCCUCUCCUCAUCUGUACCUUCCUUCAGAGAGCUGCGUCCCCCGGCGACACGGCCCAAGCCGGUGGUGUUCCCAAAGAGCGGAGCUGGCAGUCCGGCCAUGGGUUCCCCGACCUCUACUGUGCCCCCGACGCCUCCUCCUCCACUUUCAGGCCACACACACUCUCUCCCUCACACCCCUCCACCUCCACCUCCACCCCAGUCUAACGACAAAUCCUGCCCGGCUUAGGACUUCUCACUCUGACCCACCGUACUCUCACAAACUCUCACAGCUCUUCUACCAGGUGCAGAAGGCACCUCGUUUGUAACCCUAACCCACUACUCAUGUGUAGCAUUCACUUCUCGGUAUCCAGGCGAGUUCUUAAGACGCCAUGUUCCUUUUAGAGUGUCAGAAGCCCUCUCCUGGCAGCUUUGCUUUCGACAGGUCAACUAUCAGAGGGCGCCGUAGAUUAGUGAACACCAUAGAAAGACUUUUGCCACCACAGAGAUCCCAGGCAUCACUGGAUUUUAUUUUAUUUUUACAAGGGAACAGGACUCCUACUGACCUACAGCUUACAUACACUAGUUUGUGAUGUUUGAAAUUGUGUUUGAGUGGGCGUGCAGGAGUGUUACUUGCCUUUACACACAGAUCUAAGUGAGGAACAAAAAAAAAAAAGCACUGUUUGAUUUUGUAAAGUAGACAUGACAGUUUUUUUUUCUUCUUCUUUUUUUAAUGACCCACGACUAGCGGACUGGAAGGGAGCAUUUGAUUCCUGAGAAUAGACUGUGAAAUACUAAGCUCUCACUCGGCGUAGAAAACACACACUGACUCGCUGCUUCAGAAGACCGGAGUUAAAGGUGGACUUUUUAGACGAUGAAAGGACAGAAAACUGGGCCAAAUAUCAGUGUAAGUCAUGUGAUCGAGAGCUUUAUUCUAUCUCUUCCUCCAGUGUUUGAUAUGUUGGUGAUUUUUUUUUUCAAUUACUGUUCAGUACUAGUACCACAACCGGAGCAUAGCAGGAGCAGUUUACUCCAAAAAAUCACGGCCAACAGUAAUUCUAAAUAGCAAUACGGAUAAUGACAGCUGGUAGUUUGAGGCAUUAUGCUGCUUCCCUCCUGCAGCUCUGUUUUGUGUGUAGGGGACCACUGAAACCCAGCAUUUUUAUAGGUAAUGUUGGACACACAAACACACACAUUCUCUCCAAAUGUGUGUGUGGUGGUGUUUUGUGGCAGCUAAUCGCCUUUCAGGUUUUCCUUGCAUGCUGGGGCCAUAGACAGCAGCCACUAUGGCGAGCUGGUUUAUAUAUAUCGCAGUACCAGCCACAGGACGUCUUCAAAGUUACAGCUUGCUCCUUUAACUAUAUACUUCAGACUUAACAGUAAAAAAAAGGGUUAUAUUAUUCUAAUGGUGUGUAUGUAUGUUUAAUAAUCAUGAUAACUGGAAGCAUGGAGCUGAGGCGUGUGUUUAGAUAGAAGCACAACCAACCACCUCAUCCGAUGCGUUCUUAAGCAAAGUUUGCUUUUGUUAUUUUGUUCCCAGUUGUUUAUUAAUGCUCAGUAAUGGUAAAAUGUUGAACUGUGUAGCUGUCUGGGUGUGUGUGCGCCUGUGUGAGCAUGCGUGGAUGUCUAGUAUGUAUGCUCCUCACCCUCUGGACCCAUCAUAAAGGGACGCCACCUUAACAGCGACUGUACCAGCAGCCUUAGUGCUGAUUAAAUAUGCACUGUGUACAUGUGACCAGAUAAAAAGCCUGCAGGGAUACAUGAAAUGUCUUCAGUCGCUGCUGUAACAAGCCCAACGGCGGACCAGCUUUACGUGACAAGAGGACGAGAAAAUCCCAAACUUUUUAUAUAUAUAUAUAUAUACAAUAUUUGCUAAAAUGUACCUAAAAUUAGAUCUGAUGAGGAAUAUGUGAAUAAUAUGUGAACACUGACUUCUAAAGUAGACACAUACCAUUCAGGGUAAACUGAAUAAUACAGUAUUGAACUAAUUUUACUUUGGUCUCCUAAUAUUCCCUUCUAUCAGCCCUUCUCCCAAAAAUACAGCACAUACUGCAUUCCUGUAUGCUCUCUACCAGGUAAUGAAUUAUACUUGUUUAUUUUUUAUCUCUGUAUACUGUUCGUGUAUUACCUGGUGUAUUUGUGUUGCUCUUACCUCAUCAUGACAACUGGAGGGACUGUGACCGUGUGUGCGGUGAGAAAAUGAACUUAUCAACGCACACACUCACACAUACAGACAUGCAUGUGGUUGGUUGGUGUGUUUUUGUCCCGGCUGUGCCGUUUUAAGGGGAGCUGGGACCCUCUUUGAUCUCAAAUCAAUCAUCGUGCACUUGAACAACUUGGCUUGCGUGUGGACUAACUGUGUGGGGAUGAUUUGUCGGAAUUGAAUAUUGUUGAAUAUGCAUUUUUGUGACCAUUUGAAAACAGCAGAACUAAAAAAAAAAGAAGGACUGUAAUGUCAAAUCUAUUUAUAGUUGUCUCUGUAUUACUGGAGAAUCCUGUGUUCAGAUGUACUUUGUAUAUACAAUGUUGUAC